AUGGCGCUAGCAUUUUUAACACUCGUCAAUGCCAUCAUCUGCUUCACGCUUCUUGCAAUCACUAUUAUAAUCUACAGACUGUACUUUCACCCUCUCGCAUCCUAUCCAGGUCCGCCACUAUGGGUUACCAGCCAGCUUCCCAGUAUCUACACUCGAUUGAUGGAACGCCAACCAUAUCACAUCGUUGAACUCCAUCAAAAAUAUGGCUCGGUGGUCCGAAUCGCCCCCAAUGAGUUGGCAUUCACAACGGAAAAGGCGUGGUAUGAUAUUUACGGAAAGCCAGAUCGAAAGUUACCGGAACUGCGCAAAGACCCGAGCAUGUUUUUGGCACCACCAAAUGGCGUUUAUGGAAUGAUAUUUGAACCAAGUGAGAAAGGUCAUGCGCGAAUGAGAGGGGUACUAUCCAAUGGCUUCUCACGAAAAGCGGUUGCGGAUCAAGAGCCCUGCAUUGCGAGAACUGUCAAUCGUUUCAUAAACAAACUGGGAGAGAGCUGUGGGAAACAAAUCGACAUGGUGCCUCUUUAUCAUUUUGUCUUCCUCGACAUCAUUGGCGACCUCACAUUCGGAGAAUCAUUCAACUGUGUGGAAAAUUGGGAGCUACAUUUUUGGCCAAAGAUGGUGUUUGAGUUCAUAAAAAUCGGCAACACCUUCGCUAUCGCAAAGAAGUUCUCGCCACUGGACAAGAUAUUAGCGUUUCUCGCACCGCCGAGUCUGAGAAAGUCCGAGAGUCAGAUUCGCGAAUUCAUAAAAGAGAAAGUGAUCAAGAGACUAGAAGCGCCAGGGAUACGUUCAGAUUUUCUAUCAAACACUCAAGCGAGCUUCAACACACCCGAGGGAAUGAACUUUGAUGAGAUCGUGGAAACGAGCUUACAUCUCAUUGUUGCCGGGUCAGAGACAGGGUCGACGACUUUGGCAACGGCUACUUAUUUUCUCCUUGCCAAUCCACAGGUUCUGAGUAAGCUGAAUUCGGAGAUCAGAGAGGCGUUCAAGAACGAAGAGGAGAUCACUUUCCUCAGCGCUAGCCGACUUCAAUAUUUAACUGCCGUAAUCAACGAGGUGUUCCGAUGUCUCCCACCAGUCCCGGCGAUCUUACCACGAGUAACCCCACCCAAUGGAUGCAUCAUCGAUGGUCGAUUUGUACCAGGGAAUACAGUCGUCGGUAUAAGCCAAUGGGCUGCUUAUCACCUAGAAACCAACUUUCGUCGGCCCUACGACUUUGUUCCGGAACGCUGGUUAGGGGAUGUAGAGUUCAAAGAUGACAAAAGACAAGUCGUGAAGCCUUUCUCAGUCGGCCAGCGAAACUGCAUCGGACAGACUCUAGCAAUGGCUGAGUUAGGAUCUGUUUUGGCUAAGAUGUUGUGGAAUUUUGACAUGGAGCUUUGCGAAGAUAGUGUGGAUUGGAAAGACGACAUGAAAGUAUAUAUCGUUUAUCAGAAGCGGCCUUUGAACGUCGUUCUUACACGUCGGAAAUGA